UGAUGAUCGCCGCCUUCGUGACAACUCGUGUUCGAUAACUCCCAACAACCACUCCCCGGGCAGGCCAUGACCCAACGAAGCCCGCAAUCGCUUCACGCUCCUCCCAACUGAUCAAACGACAUCUUCGGCAAUCCUCCAUCCACCAUGGAGUUCUUCAAGUCCGCCGUGGCAUCCAUGGCCAAGGGCCCGGCGUUUGGCUACACAUUUGGCGAGCGCAUGGACAUUGACCAAUCCAUCUGGACUCUACAUCACGGCACCAAACGAGAAGACGGGUCGAAAUGUAGCAUUCUCUCCUUCGACAUCAACGCCAACCGCGCUCGACUCCCGCUCGCGCGGAAUGCGCUUCGGAAAUUCAAGACGCUACGGCAUCCGGGCGUCGUCAAGAUCUUGGAUACAAUCGAGACGGAUCAAUUCAUCUACAUCGCCACGGAGCCCAUCACACCUCUCAAUUGGUCGACUAAGAGGAAGGCGUUGUCGGAGGAAAGUCUGAAAUGGGGUCUACACAACGUCGCCAAAACGCUCAAAUUCAUCAACGACGAGGCAGCAUCCGUACACGGCAAUAUCCGGGCGUCGUCCAUCUACACCAGCGACAGCGGCGAAUGGAAGAUCGGCGGAUUGGAGAUCCUCAGUUCGAUGAAAGAAGAUGAUGCGGUCAUCUUCACCCAAGGGAGCCUGGUGCCGGACAUCGGUCGAUACUCACCGCCCGAGAUCGCCAAAGGGGGGUGGGAGAGCGUACGGAAGAACCCGACUCACGCCGUCGAUGCGUUCUGCUUCGGCAUCCUCGUCUCUGAGGUGUUCAGCGGAGGCUUCUCCGGGUCCGACCAGAUCGGCACCACCAGGAACAUCCCACAGGACAUGCACACCAGUUACAAACGACUCACGCACGCCGUGCCGAAGAUGCGGCUCAGCGUCGGUCAUUUCCUCGAGCAGGGGUCUCGGUCGGGCGGGUUCUUUGACACUCCUUUGAUUCAGCUGACAGACGGGAUCGACAACCUCGGAUUGAAGAGUGAUGCUGAAAAAGACGAAUUCUUGACUGAGCUCGCGACCGUGGCCGAGUCCGAUGACUUCCCCGAAGAGUUCUUCAAAGUCAAGGUCUUGCCUGAACUGCUCAAAUCGGUCGAGUUUGGUGGAGGUGGACCGAAAUCACUCGCGUUGGUGAUGCGCAUCGCAACCAAACUCACCGACGAAGAGUAUGAUGCUCGAAUCACGCCCGUGAUCGUGCGCUUGUUUACGAUUCCGGACCGCGCGAUGCGAGUAUGCUUGCUCGACAACCUACCGCACAUGAUCGAUCACCUCAGCCAGAAGCUCGUCACCGACAAAAUCUUCCCGCAGAUGGUCACUGGAUUCGGUGAUCUGGCGCCCAUCGUCCGUGAGCAGACCGUCAAGGCCGUGCUUGUCGUGGUUCCCAAGCUCUCGGACCGCGUCAUCAACGGCGAGCUUUUGCGCCAUCUCGCCAAAACCGCCAACGACGACCAGCCAGGCAUACGCACAAACACAACCAUCUGUCUCGGGAAGAUCGCCCGCAACCUCGGACCGGGAACGAGGACAAAGGUCCUCACCGCUGCGUUCUGCCGGUCUCUCCGAGAUCCCUUCGUGCAUGCGCGCAACGCCGCACUGAUGGCACUGGCCGCGACCGUCGACAUCUUCGCCGACGACGACUGCGCUACCAAGUUGCUCCCUUCGAUCUGUCCACUCCUCGUCGACAAGGAAAAGAUGAUCCGCGAUCAGGCCAAUAAGACCUUGACCGUCUACCUCGAUCGCGUACGGAAAUACAGCAACACGCUACCGGACACCGUCCUGCCGCCGCCCGAAAGCACAUCCGCCGGCGGAACGCGCGUCAACUCCCCUCAACCCAACGCCGCCGCCGGCGUCCAGGCGGGAAGCCAAUGGAUGGGCUGGGCCAUAUCCUCCUUCACCAACAAACUCGGCACCGCGAUGGGCGAAAUGCAAUCCGAGGGGAACGCCACGACCGCUGCUGCCCGACCCGAUCUGAACCGCUCAAACUCAACCCCUUCCUCAUCCUCCACCGGCGCCCCCAAACCCUCCCUUCCGUCAUCAUCAUCGUCCCUCCACGGCUCCUCCCAUCUCACCCACAACAACUCCUCCCCCGCCAUCCCCAAGAUCUCCUCCGGCCUCCGCAACACCACCACUCCCGCCGUCGAAGAUGAAGACUUCGGCGCCGACGCCUGGGGCGACCUCGACGACGACAACGACGAUGACAACGCCGCCGCCGCCGACGCAUGGGACACUCCCCUCACCAACAGCCACAACCCCUCCUCCUCCUCCACCAAAGCCACCACGGCCGCCACCACCACGAGCAUCUACGACGACGGCGGCGAGCCCGACUUCGAAGGCUGGCUCGCCGCGCAAAGCACCAACAAGAAAUCCUCCCAGAAGCCCCUGCCGAAAGGCCUCGCGAAGAAAACACCCUCCACCACCACCACCACCACCACCACCAGGACGAACAAGCCGAUCUUCGCCGCGCCGAAUGUCAAAAGGACCUCCUCCUCUGCCACCACCGCUGCCGCCGUCGUCGCGAAGAAGGCCGUCCCGCAGGAGGCUGAUGACGAUUGGGGCGAUGCGUGGAAUUGA